CGCUUCAGAUGUUGCGGACACUGAUACCCACGCAAAGCGCCUCAAGAGGUUAUAGAAUGAUGCAAUUGGACUUUGGGUGUAGUCGCACGUGCACUGCCAAGGAUGCUCAACAAUGGGACGAUUUUGAAUAAUUAGCCUAUAGCGGCUUCCUUGUUUUCCAAAUAAUGUAACAACAUUUGUGUGAUGUAUGCAGUCAUUUCGAGCGCUUGGAGUGAGAAGACACACAUUUUGUGCACUCGGAGUACAACAAUUGUUUUAAAAUACAGUCAUAAAAGUGUGCAUUUGAGAUCUGGAUUGAUGAUCUGGAUUUUUUUUCGGCUGAUGUAGCUACAGCAGAGGAAAACUAUGGUUGAUUUGGAGAGCGAAGUACCCCCUCUUCCCCCGAAGUAUAGAUUCAGAGACUUACUCCUCGGGGACCAGAAUUUACAAAAUGAUGACAGGGUGCAAGUAGAAUUUUACGCCAAUGAAAGUACUUUCAAAGAGAGACUUAAACUGUUCUUCAUCAAAAACCAAAGAUCAAGCCUGAGACGACGAGUGUUCGACUUCUCCAUAAAGGUCCUGAGCUGUGUCCUAUACAUGUGUCGUGUGUUGACAGAUGACCCAUCCAAAGGACAUGGCUGCUGGGGAUGCCCUAAUCAAACGUACAUAUUUUUAAAGAUUGACUGGUCUCCCAUAAUAUGGGUCGAACGAAGUCUUGGUAUAUGGGCGUUACAGUUGUCUGUGGCAGUUAUCUGUCUUUUUGAAACUAUUUUGUUGACCUACCUGAGUUACAAGGGCAACAUUUGGGAGCAGAUACUUCGGUUGACGUUCAUCCUGGAGACGGUGAACACAGUGCCUUUCCUGCUCACCAUCCUGUGGCUUCCUCUGCGGAACCUCUUCAUCCCUGUGUUCCUGAACUGCUGGUUGGCCAAGCACGCCUUGGAGAACAUGAUCAAUGACCUGCAUCGUGCCAUCCAGCGAACACAGUCUGCCAUGUUCAACCAGGUGCUCAUCCUCAUCUCCACUCUCUUCUGCCUCAUAUUCACCUGCAUCUGUGGCAUCCACCACCUGGAGCGGGCGGGCAAGAAGCUGACGGUGUUCGACUCCUGGUACUUCUGCGUGGUCACCUUCUCCACAGUGGGCUACGGCGACGUCACGCCCAACGUGUGGCCCUCCAAGCUGCUGGUGAUCAUCAUGAUCUCUGUAGCCCUGGUGGUGCUGCCCAUACAGUUUGAGCAGCUGGCCUACCUGUGGAUGGAGAGACAGAAGUCGGGGGGGAACUACAGCCGUCACCGUGCCCAGACAGAGAAACAUGUGGUGCUGUGUGUCAGCUCCCUCAAGAUAGACCUCCUGAUGGACUUCCUCAACGAGGUCUACGCCCACCCCGGGCUGCAGGACUACUAUGUCAUCAUCCUGUGUCCAACAGAGAUGGAUCCCCAGGUGCGCCGGGUCCUCCAGAUCCCCCUGUGGUCCCAGCGGGUCAUCUACCUCCAGGGAUCGGCCCUCAAGGACCAGGACCUCAUACGAGCCAAACUGGACAAUGCAGAGGCUUGUUUCAUCCUAAGCAGUCGCUGUGAGGUGGACCGCACCGCCGCAGACCAUCAGACCAUUUUGCGAGCUUGGGCUGUGAAGGAUUUUGCUCCAAAGUGCCCCAUUUACGUCCAGAUUCUGAAGCCAGAGAAUAAAUUCCAUGUGAAAUUUGCAGAUCAUGUAGUGUGUGAGGAGGAAUUCAAGUAUGCCAUGUUGGCCCUGAACUGCAUCUGUCCAGCAACCUCCUCCCUCAUAACCCUACUGGUCCACACUUCACAGGGCCGGGAGGGGCAGCAGUCUCCAGAGGAGUGGCACAGGACUUAUGGCAAGUGUUCCGGGAAUGAGGUUUACAACAUCACCAUGAGGGACAGCAUCUUCUUCUCAGAAUAUAUGGGGAAAAGCUUCACCUACACCUCCUUCCACGCGCAUAAGAAGUAUGGCGUGUGUCUGAUCGGGGUGUGCCGGGAGGACAGUAAGAGCAUCCUGCUGAACCCCGGGCCACAGUUUAGAAUGAGCCCCAAUGACAGCUGCUUCUACAUCAACAUCACUAAGGAGGAGAACACUACCUUUAAGACCCAGAGGGAGAGGACGGGUAGCCGGCCCUGCUUGCCAGUACACAGUGUAAUCGCCUGCAUGGGCACUGUGGCCAUAGACCUCCAGGACACAGGCUGUGGGCCCUCUCUCUGUCUCCCCCCGGAGGACAUCAAGGGUAACAGCAGGAGGCCCAGCAUCGGCCCAGUGCUAGAGGUGCCAGACACUUCCUCUAUGCACACAGGUGACCUCUAUAGCGACCAAUCAGAGGACGAGACCAUGCCCUCCAACGAGGACCUAUCAACUGAGGGCUAUAUGAAAGGCUAUCCUCCCAACCUGCCCUACAUCGGUAGUUCUCCAACACUGUGCCAUCUAUUGAAGGAGAAAGUACCAUACUGUUGCCUCAGACUGGAAAAGGGUUGUAAGCAUAACAACUUUGAGGAUGCCAAAGCCUACAGCUUUAAGAACAAGCUGAUCAUUGUGUCAGCUGAGACGGCGGGGAAUGGACUGUACAACUUCAUCGUCCCGCUUAGAGCUUCCUACAGACUAAAGAAAGAGCUGAACCCCAUUGUGCUGCUCCUGGAUAAUCAGCCUGACCCACAGUUCCUGGAGGCUGUCUGUGGGUUCCCCAUGGUUUACUACAUGGUGGGCUCCAUCGAUAACCUGGAUGACCUCCUGCGUUGCGGUGUGUAUUUUGCAGCCAACAUGGUGGUGGUGGACAAGGAGAGCACCAUGAGUGCAGAAGAGGACUACAUGGCUGACGCCAAGACCAUCGUCAAUGUCCAGACACUGUUCAGGUUGUUCUCCAGUCUCAGUAUCAUCACCGAGCUAACCCAUCCCGCCAAUAUGAGGUUUAUGCAGUUCAGAGCUAAGGACUGGUACUCUUUGGCUCUCUCUAAACUGGAGAAGAAAGAGCGGGAGAAAGGCUCCAACCUGGCCUUCAUGUUUCGCCUGCCAUUCGCUGCAGGGAGGGUCUUCAGUAUCGGCAUGCUGGACACUCUCCUCUACCAGUCGUUUGUCAAAGACUAUAUUAUCUCCAUCACCAGGCUGCUGCUGGGCCUGGACACCACCCCGGGCUCUGGCUUCCUCUGCUCUAUGCAGAUCUCUGAGGAUGACCUGUGGAUCCAGACGUAUGGAAGGCUCUAUCAGAAACUGUGUUCCACUGUGGGUGACAUUCCCAUCGGCAUCUACAGGACCGAGUCCCAGACAGCAGAUUCCUCUGAGGAGCAAUGCGAGCCAUCCUCCCAAUCACAGCUCUCGGUGUGUGUGGAGGACUUAGAUGACCCCAAGGAGCAGAGAGACCGAGAACUCCCCCCUGUGGCCGGAGGGCUCCACCGCAGCUCGACCUCCAGCGACCCAUCGGACGGGAAGGCUCCCCUGCUGAGAAGGAAGAGCGUGCAGUGGGUGCGGAAGCUGAGUUGGAGGGGGACUCGAGGGAACCAGCGGGGGGCUCAGAGGGGGGGGCAGCAGGGUCUGAGGGCCAGACGCUCAGAGAGACAGGAGCUGGCCGAGCUGGUCAGCAACAGGAUGAAAAGCCUUGGACUCUGGGCCACGGCUUGUGAUGACAUGAGUGAGAACCAGACCACUCACUCCCACACAUACGUGUUGAUCAACCCACCUCCUGACACCAGGCUGGAGCUCAAUGACAUAGUGUAUAUCAUCCGUUCAGAUCCCCUGGGGUACGUCCCUAAGGCUGGUGACAGCAGGGAGAGUCUGGGAAGCAGCACAUGUCUUGGGGAGCACACCAAGACAGAGACGCCUUUCUGAUCCAUACUUACACACAACCUGCCUAUACUGUUGUGCUGGGGUUGGUAAAAGGGAUAGUUCAUUUUUUUUUGCACCGCUAACUGAUACAAUCGGUUUCCACUAGCAUUGCUACAAUACCAAAAACAUUAACUAUCCCUUUAAUGCCAUAUUUAUGUUUUACGUCCUACGGUUCACAUUGCAUUGUGUAAAGCAUGGGGGGUGGGUGGGGUAGGAAUCAGUAUAAUUUCAGAACGUAUCACCCCAUACUGUAUCUGCUGUUCAAUUGAUACUGAUGUCUUCAAAUCUAUCUCUCUCUUUCACAAUCUGGUCUUUCCAGAUGAUAUACUCAAUGUAGGAAUUUAGGGGUUUUAAAGACACUCCAUGGGGUCAUUGUUUUCACCUUUGGGGUGUGGGGCAAAUUGAACUGUUUAGGCACGCUCUGCAAAGUUCACCUCUGUUCUUAGUAUGCGGUAUACUCCAUGUUAUCAUAAGUACUGUCUAUUUAUUCAUUUGUAGAAUAAUAUGUCAAUCAUGAAUUGUUACUAUACUCAUCUGUUGAAUGUUUGUUGUCGUUAAUAUUGACUGUCAUAAAUUAUGUAAUGUUUACUCUCAUUAUCUAUGCACACUUUGAAAAAAAAAUAGGGUUGCUUUUGAACUGGAUAUGGGCAAAACUUUUCUUCCUUGGCUUAUAAAGGGGAAUUGCACUCAAACUAUAUUUUGUGGUAUUUUGUUUAAUUAGUCCACUGUUGAUACAGUCCCAAAAUGUUUUGCAUGCCAGUAGUCAAGUUGUCAAGAUAUUGGAAUUUUAAGGAGAAAAGUGUCUCCAGCCAUUUUGGGACUGUAUCAACAUUGGACUAAUAAAAAAAAUACCAAAAGAUGCUGUAGUUUUUGUACUUCCCCUUUAAGUUUAUUUAGGCCAGGAUGUAAUGCAAAGCACGUUUAGCACAGCACACUAUAACAGACUUAAAGGUAAUUUGCCAUUGAGCAGGCAUGCCCAGUGUUUACUAUGAUGGCGAUGGUACGUCAGGGAAAAUGUGAACAACAGGGAAAAAACAUUUAAAAGGUGCAUUGUCGGCUGUAUAGGGCACCGUGCUAUAACUCGCGUUGCAUUGAAUCCCGGCCUUAGUUUCUGUAUAUAUUUGACGGUGUCAGUGCACAUUAAUCAACAUAUUAUUAAUGAAUUAUAAUGAAUUAUUUUUUAAUCAUGUUAGACAGUAUGAAUGAAUUGACACGCGUCUUUUUACAUUCAAAACACGGCAUUCAAAUUAACAAUAGCAAAAAAAAGGCACAUGGAAAUAAGCUUCAAGUGUAAAAGCACCAUCAUUUUAACUAUGUAGUUAUUUAUGACCAUGCAUGUAUUGAUCCGUUUGUUUCGGUUUACAGAGCCUCUUUGAUUUGAUUUGAUUUAAUGAUGUCACAACUACAUUCCCAUGAGGUAUUGAGGUGUCAUGCUUAUACUAACCCAUGAUCCAUAUAUGAGCUUAUUGUACUUAACCCACUGUUUUCCCACUUGUUAAACAGUAAUCUGAGUACUAUAUCCAAGCAAUAUACAAUAAUACGAUAUAGCGCUGCACAACCAAAGUGACCCUUUAGUUUAGCAGAUAAAAGACUACCAACAAACAAUGUAAGCAUUAGACAGAUUGAAACAAAUUAAGAGCACUGAGUUCAUGCUUCUUGAAGCUCCCUGGGACUAUGAUGUAUUGGAAUGCUUAUGGUGUGAGUACUGUUGUCAAAUAUUCAUAUUAACUAUGAUAAACUACCUCCUGGCUCUCAAGUAGUUCUGCUCCCUGUUGUGCUUGAUAUCCCAUAAUAUCCUAAAUAUACUGAACAAAAAUAUAAAUGCAACAUGCAACAAUUUCUAAGAUUUUACUGAGUUACAGUUCAUAUAAGGAAAUAAGUUAAUUGAAAUAAAUUCCUAAGGCCCUAAUCUAUGGAUUUCACAUGACUCAGCAGGGGCGCAGCCAUGGGUGGGCUUGGGAGGGCAUAGGCCCACCCACUGGGAAGCCAGGCCCAGCCAAUCAGAAUACGUUUUUCCCUAGAAAAGGGCUUUAUUACAGACAGAAGUACUCCUCAGUUUCAUCAGCUGUCUGGGUGGAUGGUCUCAGGACUGGCGUGAUUACAUGUGGUCUGCUGUUGUGAGACUGGUAAACGUGCUGCCAAAUUCUCUAAAACAAUGCUUAUGGUAGAGAAAUUAACAUUCAAUUCUCUGGCAACAGCUCUGGUGGACAUUCCUGCAGUCAGCAUGCCAAUUGCACACUCCCUCAAAACUUGAGACAUCUGUGGCAUUGUGUUGUGUGACAAAAUUGCACACAUUUUAGAGUGGCCUUUUAUUGUCCCCAGCACAAGGUGCACCUGUGUAAUGAUCGUGCUGUUUAAUCAGCUUCUUGAUAUGCGACACCUGUCAGAUGGAUGGAUUAUCUUGGCAAAGGAGAAAUGCUCACUAACAGGGAUGUAAAUUCAUUUUUGAGAGAAAUAAGCUUUUUGUUCGUAUGCAACAUUUCGGGUAUCUUUUAUUGAAAUAAAAUGAAACCUCAUGAA